AUGUCAGACGUUUCUUCCCUUAAAUUAAGGGACAAGGAAGUGGCAUCCUCUUCUUCUCAGAAGAGCAGGGAGUCCAAUGACACUGCAGAAAUGGAUGACUCGGAAAAGACACUGCCACAGCUUGCUCAACUUAUUGAUCAGCUGCAUUUGAAUCAAUCAUCUGCACACGAAAAAGAACUUACCACAGCACGUCUUCUAGGCAUUGCCAAAGCUAGAAAAGAAGCGCGACGUCUUAUUGGUUCACAUGGCCAAGCAAUGCCACUGUUCAUAUCAAUUCUCAGAAAUGCUACUCUUUUCGCAAAAGUCAAUGUAGCUUCAACCUUAACUGUAUUGUGCAGAGAUGAAGACAUGCGGUUAAAGGUACUUCUAGGUGGAUGUAUUCCACCUCUACUUUCACUUUUGAAGUCAGAUUCAGCUGAAGCAAGGAAAGCAGCUGCGGAAGCAAUUUUUGCAGUGUCAUCUAGUGGAGUUUCAGAUGAUCCUAUUGGCAUGAAAAUAUUCAUUACGGAAGGUGUCGUACCAACUUUGUGGGAGCAGCUGAAUCCAAAACAGAAGCCGGACAAAGCAGUGGAAGGAUUUGUUGUUGGGGCUUUGAGAAAUCUCUGUGGUGAUAAAGAUGGACAUUGGAGGACAACACUAGAGGGUGGGGGAGUGGACAUCAUUGUUAGACUUCUUUCUUCUAGUAGUGCUUCCACUCAAUCAAAUGCAGCUUCUUUAUUGGCCCGUAUGAUGUUGGCAUUCAGCGAUAGCAUCCCAAAAGUAAUUGAUUCUGGAGGAAUCAAAGCUCUCUUUAGCCUGUUAGCUCAGCAAGAUGAUGUUUCUGUACGUGCCAAUGCAGCUGAGGCUUUAGAGGUUCUUACUUCAGAAUCUGCCAAAGCAAAGCAAGCUGUUGUUGACUCACAGGGUGUCACAGCACUUAUAGGAGCUGUCAUUGCUCCUUCUAAAGAAAAACUGCAAAGUGAGGGAAAAGAGAAACUUCAGCGGCAUGCAAUACAAGCUUUAGCCAAUAUAUGUGGCGGAAUGUCUCCUCUGUUACUAUAUCUGGGUGAGCUUGCGCAGUCCCCAAGGUUAGCUGCUCCGGUGGCUGAUAUAAUUGGAACAUUUGCAUAUGCUCUUAUGGUCUUUGAGCACAAAGCAGAAGAAGAAAUAUUUGAUGCGACAAAGAUUGAGAGUAUUCUUGCAAUGCUCCUAAAGCCACGGGAUAAUAAGUUGGUUCAGGAGCGUCUUCUUGAGGCUAUGAGAAGCCUUUAUGGCAAUGCUUAUCUGUCAAAACUUGUCCAACAAUCCGAAUCUAAGAAGGCUCUUACUGGGCUCACAACAAUGGCAAGUGGUGAUGCACUGGAGUAUUUAAUACUGUCCCUGUUACGUUUAUGCUGUGAUGGAAUGACUGUUUGGGAAGCUAUUGGAAAGAGGGAAGGAAUUCAGUUAAUGAUAUCACUGCUGGGUUUAUCCAGUGAACAGCAUCAAGAGUAUGCUGUUGAAAUGCUUGCAAUCCUAACUGACCAAAUUGACGAGAGCAAGUGGGCAAUCACUGCUGCUGGUGGGAUUCCACCACUAGUCCAGUUACUAGAAAUGGGGUCUCAGAAGGCUAGGGAAGACGCAGCACUUAUUAUUCAUAACCUUUGCUGUCAUAGUGAAGAGAAUCGUGCCUGCGUCGAAAGUGCUGGAGCUAUACAGGCAUUAUUGUGGCUCCUCAAAAAUGGUGAAUCAAAGGGGCAAGAAACAUCAGCUAGGGCUUUAAAAAAGCUAAUCACAGUGGCUGAUCCAGCUACCACUAAUCAAUUGUUAGUGUUGCUCCUGGGAGAUUUACCAAGCUCAAAGGCCCAUGUAACUGAGGUGUUAGGUCAUGUGCUUACCUUGGCAUCUCACACUGACCUUGUGAAUAAAGGUGCUGCUGCUAACCAAGGAAUAAUGUCGCUAGUCCAUGUUCUUAAUUCUUCAAAUGAAAAGACUCAAGUAUAUGCUGCCUCUGUCCUGGCAGAUGUAUUUAGCACGCGGCAUGAUAUUUGUGAGACUCUCGCAACAGAUGAAGUGGUCAAUCCUUGCAUGAAACUUUUGGGUAGCAAUUCUCCAGCUGUUGCAACAGAGGCAGCUCGAGUCUUGCAUGCUUUAUCCCGUGCAUCAAAACAAAAAUCUACAAACAAGAUGCCUCAUAUUGCUGAAGGGCAUGUAAAGCCUUUAAUCAAGCUGGCCAAAACAGCAUCCAUUGAUUCUGCAGCUACUGCAGUGGCUACUUUAGCCAAUCUGUUGUCUGAUCCAGAGAUAGCUGCGGAAGCGCUGCGUGAAGAUGUUGUUUCAGCUUUGACAAGAGUUUUAGGAGAAGGAUCAUCAGAUGGUAGGAGAAAUGCAGCACGUGCACUUCAUCGACUAUUGAGGCACUUUCCAGUGGAAGAUGUAUUCAAUGGAAGUGCUCAAUGUCGAUUUGCUGUUCUUGCUAUGGUGGAAUCAUUAAAUGUAAUGAAUAUUGAUGGUACUGAUGCGGCAGAUGCUUUAGACUUUAUUGCACUUUUGACGAGGACAAAGCAAGGCGCAGAUUCCACUUACAGUUCAUGCACUGCACUUGCUGAAGUUCCAUCUAGUUUAGAGCCUCUUGUACAUUGCCUUUGCGAGGGAUCUUCCCUUGUCCAAGAUAAGGCAAUAGAAAUUCUAUCAAGGCUUUGUGGAGAUCAACCAGUUUUUCUAGGGAAUCUGUUAUUAUCAAAAUCAAGGUCUAUCGGCGCAUUGGCUGAUAGAAUAAUUAAUUCUUGCACUCUAGAAGUAAGAGUUGGUGGAACCGCAUUGAGCAUUUGUGCUGCCAAGGAGCAUAAACUUCAGUCAAUGGAUGCACUUGAUGCAUCUGGUUACCUGAAACCUCUUAUAUAUGCAUUAGUUGACAUGAUGAAGCCAAACUGCUCUUGUUCUUCCCUAGAAAUUGACGUCAGAACCCCUAGAGGCUUCACAGAAAGAACUCCAUUUGGAGAAGGAAAUGAGUUUGAAGUUCCUGAUCCAGCAACAGUUUUGGGUAGUACAGUUGCCCUUUGGUUGCUCUCAAUAAUUUCAUCAUUUCAUGUCAAGAACACAUCCACUGUAGUGGAAGCUGGGGGACUUGAGUCCCUUGCUGUCAAGCUUGCAAGACAUGGCUCCAAUCCACAGGCAGAAGAUGCAGAGGGCAUGUGGAUCAGUGCACUGCUAUUAGCUAUUUUAUUCCAGAAUCCCAACAUUAUAUCCUCUCCAACAACCAUGCGCAUUAUACCUUCGCUUGCACUUCUUCUGAAAUCAGAUGAAAUGAUUGUCAGAUUUUUUGCUGCUCAGGCAAUAGCCAGUCUUGUCUGUCAUCGGAAAAAGGGAAUAAAUCUUACUGUUGUAAAUUCUGGUGCAAUCACUGGUCUGAUAAGCUUGAUUGGUCACAUUGAAAUAGAUAUGCCAAAUCUUGUUGCUCUAUCUGAAGAAUUUUCAUUAGUAAGAUAUCCAGAUCAGGUUUCUCUGGAAGUUCUCUUUGAAAUUGAAGAAGUGAGAAUUGGUUCCACUGCACGCAGGACCAUCCCUUUAUUGGUAGAUCUGUUAAAACCACUUCCAGAUAGAGCAGGUGCGCCCCCAUUAGCUGUUCGUUUCUUGACUCAAAUUGCUGAUGGUAAUGACGAAAAUAAAUUAAUCAUGGCUGAAGCUGGCGCACUGGAUGGUCUAGCGAAGUAUCUAUCUUUGAGCCCUCAAGACUUGACUGAGGCAAUUAUCUCUGAACUACUGAGAAUUAUAUUUAGUAAUUCUAUUCUUAUUCAACAUGAAGCUGCAGUUAGUUGCUCUGUUCAACUGAUUGCUGUCCUUCGUUUGGGCUCAAAGAAUGCAAGGCUGAGUGCUGCUAGGGCUUUAAAUGAACUCUUUGAUAAUGAGAGAAUUAGAAAUUCUGAAGCAUCAAAUCAAGCAGUUCAGCCAUUAGCGGACAUGCUUGAUACUGCAUCAGAAAGUGAACAAUAUGCUGCCCUUAGUUCCUUGGUCAAGUUGACUUCAGGGAAUGAUACAAAAGCAGAAGUGAUGGCUGAUUUAGAUGGGAAUCCUCUUGAGAGUUUAUACAAAAUUCUGUCAUCAUCUUCUUCGAUGGAACUGAAAAGCGAUGCUGCUGAAUUAUGCUUUGUACUUUUUGGUGAUCAUAAAAUCAGAGCAUUGCCUAUUGCUUCUGAAUGCUUAGAUCCCCUUGUACUGCUUAUGCAAUCAGAUGAGGAAAGAGCAAUGGAAUCAGCUAUUUGUGCUUUCGAGAGGUUCUUAGAUGAUGAGAAUCCAGUAGACCUUGCAUCAGCUGAUGAGAUUGUUCGUAUUCUGGUUCAUCUGGUGUCUGGAUCAAACCAUCGGCUCAUUGAAGCGACUAUUUUCGCACUUAUUAAGCUGGGUAAAGACCGAACUCCACGCAAGUUGGAUAUGGUGAAAGCCGGACUAUUAGAAAAUUGUCUUGAGCUACUCCCCACUGCAUCCAGUUCCUUGUGCUCCACAAUUGCAGAACUCUUCCGUGUCUUGACAAAUAGUAGUGCUAUUUCAAGAAGUCCAUCUGCUGCAAAAAUCGUAGAACCUCUUUUCACGGUUUUGCAGCGGUCAGAUUUUGGAUUGUGGGGACAGCACAGUGCGUUGCAAUCUCUUGUAAAUAUUCUAGAGAAGCCACAAUGUCUUGCCACUCUAAAACUUACUCCUAGCCAGGUCAUUGAGCCUCUGAUUUCCUUUCUUGAAUCCCCAGCUCAAUCUAUCCAGCAGCUUGGUACCGAACUGCUGUCUCACCUCCUUGCACAAGAGCAUUUCAAGCAAGAUAUAACAUCAAAAAAUGCAGUAGUGCCCCUAGUGCAGCUCGCAGGCAUUGGUAUUUUGAAUUUGCAACAGACAGCAAUUAGUGCUUUGGAAAAUAUAUCAUUAAGAUGGCCAAAGGAAGUUGCUGAUGCCGGUGGCAUUUUUGAGCUUUCAAAGGUUAUCGUUCAAGAUGAUCCCUUACCUCCUGAUACAUUAUGGGAGUCAGCAGCUAUGAUUCUCUGCAACGUCAUACAAUCUAAUGCUGAUUAUUACCUCAAGGUUCCACUGGUGGUUCUUGUAAAGAUGUUGUAUUCAACAGUUGAGAGCACUGUUACUCUUGCACUUAAUGCUCUAAUAGUUCAUGAAAAGACUGAUCUAUCAAAUGGUGAACUGAUGGCUGAAGCCGGUGCUGUAGAUGCUCUUCUAGAUCUGCUAAGAUCUCACCAGUUUGAAGAAGCAUCAGCAGGUCUGAUUGAAGCUCUAUUCAACAACGUCCGAAUAAGAGAAUUGAAGGUAUCUAAGUAUGCAAUAGCACCUCUGGCACAAUAUUUACUAGAUCCACAGACUACAUUGCAGCCCGCAAGGCUUCUUGCUGCUCUUGCACUUGGUGAUCUCUCCCAGCAUGAAGGACUUGCUAGAGCAAGCGAUUCUGUCUGUGCCUGUCGAGCACUGAUAACUUUGCUUGAAGAUCAACCAACGGAAGAAAUGAAAAUGGUGGCAAUUUGUGCAUUACAAAAUUUUGUCAUGCACAGUCGAACCAACAGGAGAGGUGUCGCAGAAGCAGGUGGAAUACUAUUAGUUCAAGAACUGCUUCUAUCCCCUAAUUCAGAUAUUACAGUCCAGGCAGCUCUGCUCAUAAGGUUUUUGUUCUCGAAUCACACGCUUAAGGAUUAUGCAUCAAAUGAACUUAUCAGAUCUUUGACAGUGGCGCUAGAGAAGGAAUUGUGCGCCACAGCAACUGCUAAUGAAGAGAUCUUGAAGAGCAUUUUUAUUAUAUUCUCCAAUUUUCCCAAGCUCCAAAUUUCUGAAGCUGGGACCCUUUGUAUCCCUCAUCUGGUGACAGCACUGAAAUCUGGCAGCGAGGCUGCUCAGGAUUCAGCAUUGACCACAUUAUGCUUAAUCCAACAAUCCUGGUCAACCAUGCCAAUUGAUGUGUCAAAAUCUCAAGCAAUGGUUGCAGCUGAAGCCAUUCCCAUCCUACAAAUGCUGAUAAAAACUUGUCCCCCAGGUUUCCGUGAUAGAGCAGAGAGCCUGCUGCAUUACUUACCAGGUUGUUUGACUGUCACCAUUAAGCGUGCGGACAAUCUAAGACAUGUCAUGGGAGGAACAAAUCCUUUUUGUCGAUUGACUAUCGGCAAUGGUCCAGCACGACAAACUAAGGUUGUUAAUCGCAAUACAUCCCCAGAAUGGAAUGAAGGAUUCACAUGGGCUUUUGAUGUUCCACCGAAGGGACAAAAGUUGCAGAUCACAUGCAAAGGCAGAACUACUUUUGGAAAGAGUACGCUUGGGAGUGUAACGAUCCAAAUUGAUAAAGUGGUAAAUGAAGGCAUACACAGUGAUAUUUUCAGCCUCAGUCAUGAACGCUACAAUGGCUCAUCCCAGACUUUAGAGGUUGAGAUCACCUGGUCCAAUAGGACGUCUAAUGAAAGUGUUAAGUGAAGUGUGAACCAAGACUGAUAUGAUGCAACUUGAGUCCCCAUUUCGGUGCUGGAUCUGGCAACCAAUCAACAGAGCAUUAAGAAAAGUUAUAUGAAUCCCCUAACGAGCAACAAUCUGUUCACAUCCCAGGCUAAUGCAAGAGCACAUCAACAUCUGCUGAAGGCUCAGGUUUGUAGUAUUGAAAGCAUUACUGCCUCUGGUGCUGAAAACUUCCAGAUUUAUG